AUGAACCCAUUCAAAGUUGUUUCUGGUCGAUGCAGAAAGCGCAAGUCAAAGUCUGCAAAGGUUGAAGUCAAGCAAGAGCUGGUGAUUAAAGAAGAGCCCAAUGACGGUGACGAUGUCAUGAACAUACCAUGGUCGAGAGUUGAUGGAAGAUAUCGUGCAAAUUACGAAAGGCCGAUUGACUUUGCCUGUGACUUCGAUCAGAUCAAAGAUGAAAUCAAAUGUGAAGAAGAAGAGACGAGCAAAGGAAAGACCUCGGUACCAAGUGAACGAUCGAAUGACAACGACGCCAACUAUGAUGACAACAAAGACCCCAUGGAUGACGCAAUCGAUGUUCAACAACCGGAAUCAGUUGGCAGCGGGAAGAAACGGAAUGAAGGCGCCAAAAGACGAAACAAACAAACAAUUCCCGGGAAUCAAGCGACCAAAAAGCAAAAGAAGCACAAAUGCCAUGUGUGCAAUCAUUUAUCACGUUGCAGCGCUGAACUCCAAAUACACUUUCGAAUUCACACUGGAGAAAAGCCGUAUCAGUGUGAUGUUUGUUCGAAGUCAUUUGCACGAAAAGGUGAUCUGAACAAGCAUAAGAAAACGCAUGGCCAGUUUCGUUGUUCGAAAUGUAAUCAAAUAUUUGAGCAAGAAUCAGUCAAGAUCGAACAUGAAAGGCUCUGUAAUCCACGCCAAUUCGAAUGCGAUAUUUGCGGAUACAAAGCAUUGCACAAACCAAACUUAAAAAGUCAUAUGCGGACUCACACAGGUGAGAAGCCGUUCGAGUGCUCAAUUUGUUCCAAAUCAUUCAUAACAAAUGCUAAUCUUCAAAGACAUUCCAUGCCGCACAAGGAUGAACUGCCGAAUAAUUGUGCGAAAUGUGGUCGACGAUUUGCCACUCCAGACGAUAAGAAAUCACACGAAACGCGCUGCCAACGAAGUCCAUUUGCUUGUAAUCAGUGUCAUUACAAAACUGUUCAAAAGAAUCAUUUGAAGCAGCACAUGCAAUCAAAACACGGAGCAAAAAGAUCGAUCGAAUGUGAAAUUUGCAACAAGAAGUUCGUCAAACGUAUUGUUUUAAAUCAGCAUUUGUCAUCAGCACACAGCGAUCAGUUCCCAUUCCAAUGCUCCAAAUGCAUCGGAGGAUACGCAAGCGAAGAUGCAAAAGAGGUUCAUGAAGAUAGCUGUGGCUACCGUCAGUAUCAAUGCCAUUUGUGCAAAGAGCAUCGUCGAGGCAAACAAAGGUUGAAAAUUCACAUGCGAAAAGGUCACACCGGAGAGCGAAUUCAAUGCGAAGUGUGCUCAGCAAGCUUUACCCACAAGAGCAAUGCCAAUCAACACAUGAAAACAGUUCAUCGUUUGGAGAAGAAAUAA